AUGACUGCGUACGUCGUGGCCGGGUCGCAGGCAUCGAAAACAGAGGACAACCGGCUCUACAUGAUGAAAUGGCACAAGCUGUACAAAACUUCGAAGGACGGCAAGGAGGAUGAUGACGACGAGAGUGAGGAAGAGGAGGACAGUGACGAUGAACACGAGGCGGCACUGGAGUCAAAGACAACUCCACAUCCUGGCGGCGUUAAUCGGGUGCGCUCCAUGCCGCAAGCCGGUCACAUCGUGGCAACGUGGGCCGAUACUGGCAAGGUGCACAUGUGGAACCUAGAAGCUCAUCGAAAAGCGCUUGACAAGAGUGGGGACAGGGCGCCUCCGCAGGCCAAGCCCAUCUUUACGAGUGAGGCCCACAAAGAUGAGGGUUUCGCCAUGGAUUUCAGCCCGCACGACACCGGGUUGUUCCUUUCUGGAGGCAACGAUGCGCUGAUCAUGCUUGCGGAGCCUGUGCCAGGAGGAUGGAAGGUGGACUCGGAGCCAUUCAAGAUGCACAAAUCCUCGGUCGAGGACGUCCAGCGCCUUGGCAUAACCGAUGGGCUUCGGGUUUGCCAUAUGCAAACACAGGAUUUCUUCAAGCUAGAACAGCUGCCUGAGUACAAGCCAUGGCUCCAUGCAUAA